AUGGUAUAUAAAUAUACACUUCCACCUCUGUGCGUUUCUUUCUAUCUAUCUAUCUAUCUAUCUAUCUAUCUAUCUAUCUAUCUAUCUAUCUAUCACUUUGUUCAUAUCUAUCUAUCUAUCUAUCUAUCUAUCUAUCUAUCUAUCUAUCUAUCUAUCUAUCUGUCAAUUUGUUCAUAUCUAUCUAUCUAUCUGUCAAUUUUUUGUUCAUAUCUAUCUAUCUAUCUAUCUAUCUAUCUAUCUAUCUAUCUAUCUAUCUAUAUAUAUAUAUAUAUAUAUAUACACACCUCAGUCUGUUUAUAUCUAUCUAUCGGUGAAAUACAUUUUAUUAUCUAUCUAUCUAUCUAUCUAUCUAUCUAUCUAUCUAUCUAUCAUUCAUUCUGUUCAUAUCUCUCUCUAUUUCAACCCGUUCAUAUCUAUCUAUCUAUCUAUCUAUCUAUCUAUCUAUCUAUCUAUCUAUUCUUUUUAUAUCUUUUAUUAUCUAUCUAUCUAUCUAUCUAUCUAUCUAUCUAUCUAUCUAUCUAUCUAUCAUUUUUAUUUCAUUUUUCUUUCUCUUUAACCACGUCAUUGCUUUCUUCUUUCUAUCAAUUCUUUACGUAUAUUUUUCUUAUACCCAUUCCUUCUAAAAUUUUCUUCCUAUUUUUUUUCUCUUUUUUUCCCAAUAUUCCUUUCCUUCUACUUCUGUCUACUUUCAUCAUAAUUUCAUUCUUACUCUUCUUCUCCUGUUUAUCUUAA